GAAUAAAUUGUACACCAAACGACAUAUCAUUUUGUGGUUUUGAUGAUUCAACUAAUGACCUCGUCAUCAAUGAAGACUUCACUACCAACACAAACUUUCAGAUAGGUCUUCAUUUGCGAGAUUUUACCAAACUUUGACGAGAAAGACCAAGCACGUCUGGGUGGUUUUGGUUCUAAAGUCUCAACCUUUUGAAUCGUCGUUUCCUUCUUUCUCGCUUACCAGAUCUUCGAAAAAUCCUAACUUUUUGUAUUAUUUCGAUUCCAUGGCUGCUUCAGCUGCAUUCUUCAUAUCAUCACCACCUUUCGUACCCUUUUCCUGCAAAAUUCGCAGACCAUUUCUAUUGCUUUCUCCAAAAUACCCCAAACCGGUUUCGGUGCGAGCUUCUGUGCCCUCGAUCUCCAUCGAUGACAAAUCUUCAGUCCAAACUAAGACUAGCAAUUGGCAGUGGAAGUUCAAGGGAAACUCGAUCGGAAUAUACUAUGAAGAGCAUGAGAGGGAGAAAAGUGAAUCAGCUAAGAAUAUCCUUAUGAUACCAACAAUAUCAGAUGUUAGCACCGUUGAGGAGUGGAGAUCUGUGGCUAAAGACAUUGUGCAGCGUGAUGGUGAAGUCAGCUGGCGAGCAACUAUUGUAGAUUGGCCUGGUCUUGGCUAUUCUGGUAGACCAAAGAUGGAUUACGACACAGAUGUCAUGGAGAAGUUUGUGGUUGACUUCAUGAACUCACCUGAGAGCCCAAUGAGCCAGUCAGGUAAUGAUGAUCUGGUAAUCAUCGGAGGAGGGCAUGCAGCAACACUAGCACUCCGUGCUACCCAACGUGGGCUACUUAAACCAUCAGCCAUUGCUGCUGUCGCACCUACAUGGGCUGGACCCCUGCCUAUUGUCUUUGGCCGUGAUUCUUCCAUGGUGACCAGGUACGGUAUGCUAAGAGGAACUCUAAGAGCACCUGGAGUUGGUUGGAUGAUGUACAACAUGUUGGUGAGCAACGAGAAGUCUAUCGAGUCUCAGUACAAAUCUCAUGUUUAUGCAGACCAGACCAACGUGACCGAUGCCAUAAUCCAAAGCAGAUACGAGUUAACAAAGCAGAAGGGAUCACGCUACGUCCCUGCAGCUUUCUUGACAGGUUUACUCGACCCUGUUUCAUCCCGGGAGGAAUUUCUUCAACUGUUUGCUGAUUUGGAAGGAAAAUUUCCGAUUAUGGUGAUGUCAACGAAAGGAGCUCCAAAGAGAUCUAAAGCUGAAAUGGAAGCAUUAAGAGGAGCCAAAGGAGUUAGCAAAUUCGUGGAGGUUGAAGGUGCACUCUUGCCUCAAGAAGAGUAUCCUUCUCUUGUUGCUCAAGAGCUCUACAACUUCUUGCAAGAGACUUUUACUAAAUGUUAGAUAGAAUAAAAGCUCACGCAUACAGACAGACCCAUAAAAUGUGUGCACACUGCACAGGCGCAUAAUAUUGUUACUUCAUUGUUUGCAGAACUCUACAGUUAAAAAGUGUCUCUAUAUUGCUAAUUUUCUAAGUUUCAUAUAUUUGAAAUUUUGUAUAAGCUAUUCGGGUCUCUUUAAGUUUCGACUAGCAUGGUUUGUUUCCUUUACA